AUGUCUUCGACCGAUAUAGAUGCGGAUGCUCUUCUGCUGCAGUACCUCGGCGAGGACUUCGUCGCGGGCGCUGUCUCCCUCGUCUUUGAGAGCCUUUUAUACGGCGCAUACCUCGUGCUAAUAUGCUUUUCGACCCUCUAUCUGUCUGUGGCCUCGCGUGUCCCUCGUCUGAGCUCACGGAUCACUGACAUGGCGGCUUCUUUCUAUUUCAGCUGGCGGGGACCGAAGAACGCGCACACGGUCGCGCUGCUCGCCGUGACGCUCCUCAUGUUCGCGAUGUCCUCCACGCUGCUGUCGAUGGACAUCGUGAACCUCAUACUGACCAUCCGCGGCACGACCAUCGCGCAUCUCGGGUACUCGCUCCAGGACAAGGCGGACAUGACCGACGACUCGUUGAUCCCCUUCUUCUGGGUCGAGAACGGCAUAUUCCCGUUUGAGUUCGCGCUCGGGGACGGCGUCGUUGUCUGGAGAGCGUGGGCGCUGUGGAAGGACAGCAACCGCAAAGCGCUGAUCGCGCCGCUCGUGCUCCUAGCGGGCUCUCUAGGGACGUCCGUGGCCUACGUCGGCUGCACCGCGCGCAACGGCUUCCCGCACCCGGACGCGAACCCGCCGGGGUGCAACGACCUCUACCUGGCGAGCCUCUGCGCGUCGAUGGCGACGAACGCGGCGGCCACGGUGCUCAUCGCGUGGAGAGCGUGGAUGCAUAGGCGGUAUUUGAAGGAGAUGCUCGGCGCGUCGACGGGGAAGACGAGGGUGCAGAAGGUCCUCGUGCUCCUCGUCGAGUCGGGCGCGAUCUACCUCGCCGUCUGGAUAUCCCAGAUAUACAACUUCUUCCCGAUCGCGAUCGCGCGCGGCGCGGCAUACGACGCCGACCUCACCGUCACGUCCGCCUGCAACCAGAUCGUGGGUAUAUACCCCACGCUCGUCAUCGUCCUCGUCAGUCUCCAGCGCACGACGUGGGACUCCCCCGGCGCGUCGCGCCAGCGCCACACGCACACGCACGCGCACACGCACACGCACACCGGCAUGCAGUUCGCCGCCGCCCCCACGCCCGCGAGUGCGGUCGACACGAGCACCGAUACCGUGCUCAGCCGCGGCGGCGGGGCGGGGCGGCGGGACGCCGUGCAUCCUGUUUCUGGGCCGUUCAAGGCGCAGGCGGCGGGGGACAGGGAGAGCGACGAGAGCGGGGAGAUCUGCGGCGACGCCGCGGAGGAGGAGGGGGGAAAGAAGGCGGGCACCGUGGUAUGAACGGUUCGUGUCCAUCGGCGAACAGGAGGCGUGUAUAUCUAUACGGACGUUCAUAUGCGAAUGCUACGAGGCUCUACGAGAGUCCUCGAUUUUCGGGCACC